AUGGCUGGACCCAAUCCGCAUUCGAGAAAGUCAUAUCAGAGCGUGCGCACAUGCAUUCAGAGCGUGGGCGACGACGACCUGCGAGAGUCCGCGGUGGCCAGAGACGAUACAGACGAUUCCGGCGAGGACGACGUUCCCGAAGUCUCGUCGCGCGGGCUGCGGCUGCUGUUGCGACGGCCAAACCGAGGGCUGCCUCGACGGAGCGUGAUGGUCGCCGUACAGAGACCUGUUUCCUUCGCUUCUGGGCUCUCUUCUCGCGUCAAGAAGGGCAGGAACAGCAGCCGAGCGUCGUUCUCGGUGGCCACGCUGAGUAUAACUCUGAUGGCCGUGGAGCCGCAAGCGAAGGCUUAG